CCGCCACUGCUAAAAUCCUGUCUUUCUCAUAAAACCCUACUACAGAACAGUAAAAUUACUCUCUGGCCUCUGCUCCCUUUCCUCCAAAAAAACACUCUCCGCUCCCAAAUUCAAAUUUCGCGAAAGAAAGAUAACAAAUCAAAUUAAUUUAGGAUUUCAAUUUCUCCACACCUCUCCCUUUAAACCCUAUAUAUUUCAAGGAGCGCCCUCCCACUCUCGAUCCUAGGGUUUUUCUCUCUCUUUCGUUUUCCGAGAAGACGACAUGUCGUGGGAGGAAGAAGUUGUGAUCCGCGAUGUCACCAACGCCGGUAUCGUCGUAAGCGACCGUAUUGGUAGAGAGGUUGCAGCUCAGAUCGAUCUCGAAGAAGCUCUAGAAGCUUCUAGAUACGCGAGCCAUCCUUAUUCCACUCAUCCUCGCGAGUGGCCACCUUUAAUUGAGGUGGAGGAUACUCAGGAGUUGCCUCCCGUACUCGUUGAAAGAUAUAAUGCAGCUGGCGGAGAAGCGACUGCUUUGUGUGGAAUAUUUCCUGAGGUACGGAGGGCUUGGGCAUCGGUGGAUAAUUCUUUGUUUCUAUGGCGUUUCGAUAAGUGGGAUGGUCAAUGUCCUGAAUACAGCGAGGAACAAGCCAUCUGUGCUGUCGGCCUUGCCAAAUCUAAGCCUGGUGUUUUUGUUGAAGCUAUCCAGUAUCUUUUGGUUUUAUCUACACCAGUGGAGUUGGUUCUUGUAGGAGUAUGCUGUUCCGGGUCAGGCGAUGGUGCGGAUCCAUAUGCUGAGGUUUCCUUACAGCCUUUGCCAGAGUAUACAGUACCAUCUGAUGGAGUUACCAUGACCUGUAUUGUGUGUACUGAUAGGGGACGCAUCUUCCUUUCUGGGCGCGAUGGACACAUUUAUGAGUUGCAUUACACUACUGGUUCGGGAUGGCACAAGCGAUGUCGUAAAGUUUGCCUGACAGCUGGAUUGGGUAGUGUUAUUUCAAGGUGGGUUGUACCAAAUGUGUUCAAGUUUGGAGCUGUUGAUCCUAUUGUUGAAAUGGUUGUUGACAAUGAAAGACAGAUUUUGUAUGCACGAACAGAAGAGAUGAAACUUCAGGUUUAUCUUCUGGAAUCAAAUGGAGAUGGUCCGCUGAAGAAAGUGGCAGAAGAAAGAAAUUUGUUCAGUCAAAGAGAUGCACAUUAUGGAGGCAGACCAUCAGCAGGACCAAGAGUCCCAAGUAGAUCAGCAAAGCCAUCUAUAGCUUGCAUCUCUCCUUUAUCCACACUGGAAUCCAAGUGGUUGCACCUUGUUGCUGUUUUAUCAGAUGGCAGAAGGAUGUACAUUUCUACUUCCCCAUCUAGUGGCAAUAAUGGAGCUGUUGGAGGUUUGGGUGGAUUCGGUACCAACCAUCAGAAGCCGAACUGUUUAAAAGUUGUAACAACUAGACCUUCUCCUCCUUUAGGGGUCAGUGGUGGACUUGCCUUUGGGGCCAUUUCUCUUGCCAAUAGAACUCCAAAUGAGGAUCUCACACUAAAAGUUGAAACAGCAUCCUACUCUGCUGGAACUCUUGUCCUCUCUGAUUCAUCACCACCAACCACGUCUUCUCUUGUCAUCGUGAGCAAGGAUUCAAGCUCACAGACAUCUGUUUCGGGUAGCUUAGGUACAAGUUCAAGGGGUUCACGGGCUUUACGGGAAACCGUAUCUUCGGUACCUGUUGAAGGACGAAUGCUUUUUGUUGCAGAUGUUUUACCUUUACCAGAUACAGCUGCCAUGUUGCAGUCACUAUAUUCAGAACUUGAUUGUUUUGGAUUCCAAAGCGCAUGUGAGCCCUGUGAAAAAGCAUCUAUAAAACUUUGGGCAAGAGGUGAUCUUGCAAUGCAACAUGUACUUCCAAGGCGAAGAGUCAUCAUUUUCAGCACCAUGGGAAUGAUUGAAGUGGUUUUCAACAGGCCCGUAGACAUUCUGCGAAGGUUGUUUGAGUCCAACUCCCCUAGAUCAAUCUUGGAGGAUUUCUUUAAUCGUUUUGGAUCUGGUGAGGCAGCUGCAAUGUGUUUAAUGCUAGCUGCAAGGAUAGUGCAUUCUGAAAAUCUUAUAAGCAAUCAAGUUGCUGAGAAGGCAGCUGAAACAUAUGAGGAUCCAAGAGUUGUUGGAAUGCCACAACUUGAAGGCAGCAAUGUACUGUCAAACACUAGAACAGCAACAGGAGGUUUUAGCAUGGGACAGGUUGUUCAGGAGGCUGAGCCUGUGUUUUCGGGUGCUCAUGAAGGGCUCUGCUUGUGCUCUUCAAGGUUGCUUUUACCUGUCUGGGAACUCCCUGUGUUCGUCUCAAAAGGUGAUGUAGGUCCAUCUGAUGCUUCAUUUGAAAAUGGAGUGGUUGGAUGUAGACUCUCAGUUGGGGCUAUGCAAAUCCUAGAAAACAAGGUUCGUUCUUUAGAGAAGUUCCUUAAGUCCAGAAGGAACCAGAGAAGGGGGCUUUAUGGUUGUGUAGCAGGUUUGGGAGACUUGACUGGUUCUAUAUUGUAUGGAGCUGGUUCAGAUUCAGGUACUGGUGACAGAAGUAUGGUGAGAAACUUAUUUGGCACAUAUCCACAAAGUGUAGAGGCAAAUGGUGGUGGGGCAACUAAUAAACGUCAGCGACUACCAUACAGUCCUGCAGAAUUGGCUGCCAUGGAGGUCAGGGCAAUGGAGUGCAUCAGGCAAUUGCUUCUUAGAUCUGGGGAAGCUCUGUUUCUGCUACAGCUCCUUUCUCAACAUCAUAUAACACGUGUGGUUCAGGGGCUUGAUGCUAGUAUACGACAGAGUCUGGUUCAAUUGACAUUCCAUCAACUGGUUUGUUCUGAGGAGGGUGAUCGCCUUGCUACAAUGCUGAUUGCUGUCUUAAUGGAGUACUAUACUGGCCCUGAUGGCAGGGGAACAGUAGAUGAUAUUAGUGGGAAAUUACGGGAGGGUUGUCCAAGCUACUUCAAGGAGUCUGAUUACAAGUUUUUCUUAGCUGUUGAAUGUCUCGAAAGAGCUGCCGCAACUCCAGAUCCUGUAGAGAAGGAGAAUAUUGCUAGAGAAGCCUUCAAUUUCUUGAGCAAAGUUCCGGAGUCUGCAGAUUUAAGAACUGUUUGCAAACGGUUUGAGGAUUUAAGGUUUUAUGAAGCUGUGGUUCGCUUACCUCUGCAAAAAGCACAGGCUCUUGACCCUGCAGGUGAUGCUUUCAAUGAGCAACUUGAUGCAGCUACUAGAGAAUAUGCACUUGCUCAGCGUGAACAAUGCUAUGAGAUAAUUACCAGUGCUUUGCAUUCUCUGAAAGGUGAGGCCUCACAAAAGGAAUUUGGAUCGCCAGUCAGACCUGCUUCAACUCGACCUGCACUUGAUCAGGCUUCUCGGAAGAAAUACGUAUGCCAGAUUGUUCAGCUUGCUGUCCAAUCUCCUGACAGAGUAUUUCAUGAGUACCUAUACUGGACUAUGAUUGAUUUGGGCCUGGAAAAUGAGCUGCUGGAGUAUGGAGGUCCAGAUUUAGUACCAUUUUUGCAAAGAGCUGGUCGGGAACCUUUACAAAAGGUUCAUGCUGUUUCUGCCAUAACACCUGCAUCUUCUCCAAUUGGUCAUUCAGGAGCACCAAUUGCUUCUAAUCAAGCAAAAUGUUUUGAUCUGUUGGCACGGUAUUAUGUCCUGAAGAGGCAACACAUACUUGCUGCUCACGUGUUGUUAAGGCUGGCUGAAAGACGCUCAACUGAUGCUGGAGAUGCUCCUAGUCUUGAACAAAGGCGCCAAUACCUAAGUAAUGCGGUUCUGCAGGCCAAGAAUGCUAGUGACAGUGGUGUUGUGGUAGGUUCUACAAGGGGUGCUAUGGACACUGGAUUGCUUGAUUUGCUUGAGGGGAAGCUUGCGGUUCUUCGGUUUCAAAUAAAAAUAAAAGAUGAACUGGAGGCUAUAGCGUCCAGGCUACAAUCUUCAUCUGACAUGUCUGAGGCUGUCCAAAAUGGAUCAGCUCAUGAUAGCAAUGCUGAAGCAGAGCAGGCAAAAAUUGCAAGGGAAAAGGCAAAAGAGUUAUCAUUGGAUUUAAAGAGCAUAACUCAGCUCUAUAAUGAAUAUGCAGUUCCUUUUGAACUUUGGGAGAUAUGUCUGGAGAUGCUAUACUUUGCAAAUUAUUCUGGUGACGCUGAUAGUAGCAUUGUAAGAGAAACCUGGGCUAGACUAAUUGAUCAAGCUCUUUCAAGGGGUGGUGUUGUGGAAGCUUGUUCGGUUCUGAAGAGGGUUGGUUCCUACAUGUAUCCUGGAGAUGGAGCUCUUCUACCUUUAGACACCUUAUGUCUUCACCUUGAGAAGGCUGCACUGGAGAGACUGGAAUCAGGGGUGGAAACUGUUGGAGAUGAAGACAUAGCAAGAGCUCUUCUUGCUGCUUGCAAGGGUGCGAUUGAACCUGUGUUGAACACUUAUGAUCAGUUAUUAUCAAAUGGAGCUAUUUUGCCAUCUCCCAACCUUAGGCUACGCCUUCUGCGAUCAGUGCUUGUGGUAAUCCGUGAAUGGGCAAUGUCUGUUUUUGCACAGAGGAUGGGUACAAGUGCAGCUGGCGCUUCAUUAAUAUUAGGCGGAUCAUUCUCAGUGGAACAAACUGCAGUCAUCAAUCAAGGGAUUCGCGAUAAGAUCACAAGUGCAGCAAACAGGUACAUGACAGAGGUGAGGAGGUUGCCCCUUCCCCAGGGCAGGACCGAAGCUGUUUACCAAGGAUUUCGAGAACUUGAAGAGUCCCUGAUAAGUCCUUUUUCUUUUGACAGAUUUUGAUUCUUUAUCGCUCCAUAUUUGGUGUUGUAUGGAAAGGUUUAUUGUUUUUAAGUUAGUUUGCAAAUAAAAAUUUAAUAGAUGAAGUAGUUGAAAGUCUCCAAUCAACUUCAUGCUUUGACCUUUUUUUAUAAUGUUUAAAUGUAACAUUGAGUCCCAGUUCACAUAAAAGCAAGGAUCGAAUUUAAGAA